CGGCGAAAACCCUAAAAAUCUCUUUUUUUUGGCGAAAUUUUCAAUUCCCAAUUUCAAUUUUAAUUUUCAAAGUCAGAAACCCUAAAAUUGAAUGCCAUCAUCAUGAUCGUCAUCAAUGGAAUCAGCACGGAAAUCACCAAAUUACCCUCUCUCUCAGAUUGAACAAUCUCACAUUGACUUUCUCUGAUUUCUUCAACCCAUACACCAAAGUUGCAGCAAUCAAAGCAAAUUUGUAAACUCAACGCAAAGAUUUUAUAUUCAUUAUUUAAUUGUAAAGGAAUAAGAUUCACCACAAUCUCAAGUGUUCUACAGCUAUAUAUAUACAUAUGUUUAUAUGAUAAAGUCUAUGCUCAUUGAUCGGCUUGGAUUGAAAGCAGUCCGAGAAAUUGACAUUUUCAGGUUGAGAAGCUCGAAGAAGUCAGUAAUGGCGCCGCCAAUCCUUUCGCUAGCUUUGCCAUCGGAAACGGGUCGAGUUCUCAGCAUUCAAUCUCACACUGUUCAGGGAUAUGUCGGCAAUAAAUCAGCUGUUUUUCCUCUUCAACUUCUGGGCUAUGAUGUGGAUCCAAUCAAUUCAGUGCAGUUCUCGAACCAUACAGGAUACCCAACUUUCAAGGGGCAAGUUCUGAAUGGACAACAAUUGUGGGAGUUAAUAGAAGGCCUUGAAGCGAAUGAUUUAUUAUUCUAUACUCAUUUAUUGACUGGUUAUAUUGGUUCGGUCUCCUUUUUGAACACUGUAUUAGAAGUCAUCAGCAAGCUUCGGUCUGUCAACCCCAAACUUACUUACGUUUGUGAUCCAGUAAUGGGUGAUGAAGGAAAGCUUUAUGUCCCUCCAGAACUGGUAGCAGUAUACCGUGAGAAGGUUGUCCCUGUUGCUUCAAUGUUGACUCCUAACCAAUUUGAAGCAGAACAGUUGACUGGGUUAAGGAUUGUGUCUGAACAAGAUGGCCUGGAAGCCUGCAACAUUCUUCAUGCUGCUGGACCACCAAAGGUGGUGAUAACUAGCAUAAGUAUUGAUGGCAAUCUUCGUCUAAUUGGCAGUCAUCAAAAAGAAAAGGGUCAAUCACCUGAGCAGUUCAAGAUUAUGAUACCCAAAAUUCCUGCAUAUUUCACGGGUACAGGAGAUCUAAUGACUGCACUAUUACUUGGAUGGAGCAAUAAAUAUCCCAACAAUCUUGACAAAGCAGCAGAGCUUGCUGUAUCAAGCGUGCAGGCACUUCUGCUGAGGACACUGAAUGACUACAAAGCAGCUGGCUAUGAUCCUCAAUCAAGCAGUUUGGAAAUUCGAUUAAUUCAGAGCCAAGACGAUAUUCGUCACCCACAAGUUAAAUACAAGGCUGAGAGAUACAACUAAAUGAGUUCUAUAAUUGAAAUAAUUUUAUUAAAAUUCAUCAUAUGUAUUCCCACAUUAUUGUUAGAUGCUUAUAAUCAAACAAAAACUUGAAUUUGGUUUUCUUGACUUCACAUUUUGUUGUAAUGUUUAUGUGACUAGAAUUACACAAAAAAGCAAUCAAGUUAUUUAAUUUUUAUAAA